AUGAACCAUGAUUCUUUAUCGCCUGAUAAGAAAGGAGGAUUUUCUGAUCCGAGGCUAAACACCAUCAUUACCCCACCAACCCCUAUCCAGCCUAGACGACUGCAGGACAUGUUCAAUGUGGGCGACUCUAGCCAUGAUGAAGAAGACGAGGACACCAGCACCACUUCUGCGGAAGCGACCGAAAAGAAAAACAUCAACAGCGAGUACAAGCAACAUAUACCCAGUAAAGUGAAGUCCACCGUGCAAUUUCCACCUGAGCUAGAACAACGAUUUUACCACCAAUACCCCAAACCGCCUAUUGACGAAGAAGACCUAGAACAGGAAGCUCCUCCACCUCCGUCCAGAAAGGAACGCUUGAUCAAGUACCUUCAUGUCAAGUUUCCGAGUCGAAUUGUCCGAAGAGUCCUCAAAUGCACUAUUGCUUAUUUUCUGUCCACCUUGUUCAGUCUGAUUCGACCUCUCACGCUGGCAAUGGGACCUGCUCCUUUCUUGGCUACAACAGGAAUGCUGUUUAGUCAUCCAGGUCGCAGUAUGGGCGCUCAGUUUGACGCUACAGUAACCGCUGUGAUGGGUGUGGUCGCUGCUAUCAUCUGGGCGUUUGCUGGCAUGGCUGCCUCUGUGGCGUACAACCGAGAUCAUCCACAGACAUUUAUUACAGAGCCUGUUGGACGCUGUGUCAAUGCCAUGUUUCUGUUUGUGGGUGUGUUUUGGGCUCAAAUGCUACGUCAAGUAUUUCCAAAGUUCCAUUUCUUCUCACUGCAGUUUAUGAUUAUCCAGAUCUUUAGUAUGACACGUGCCAUCGACUACACUAGCGUGCCCUUUGAUUUACCAUUAAAUUAUGGUAUACCUCUGUUAAUUGGAUGCGGCAUAUCACUUGUGGUCAACCUUGUAUUUUGGCCUGAAACAGCUGUCGAUGGCCUCGGCAGAGCAUUAAAGGAAACAAUUACGAGCAGUCGAGACAUGCUGCAUUUGAUCACCAAGCAGUUCUUUUUGGACCCUCAAUCCGAUCCAGUGACAGAAACCGUCGUCGAUGAAGCAUCAGCAAAAAUGAGAAAAGGCAUGACUAAAGUCAAGACGGCUUAUCGUGAAGCCAAAUACGAAAUGUCUUAUGCGUUCAUUCGACCUCAACAGUUGGGCCAGAUCCGCAAAUCGCUGGGCCGUUUAACCAAGCAUCUUAGCAUUCUGGGCGGCUGUCUCAAGACGGAGCGAGAGUUGUUUGAAAGUGCCAUUGAUGCAUUGCAAGCAGAAAUGAGAGACUUGGACAGCGAAGACGACGACGCCCAAUCUACGCUGCAUCAGCAUCCAACAGCAACAGCCCAUGGUUACCAUAGUGACAACGAAGAACUGAACCGCAAUUCGCUGGGUCGGCAAUACAGUGAAGAAGAUUUGAACUUGCUUCGUACAGCGUUACGUGCCACAAAUGAGUUCAUGAAUGGUGGUGCAAGCAGGACCACAAGUAGUAACAACAUAUCACUGCAUCCUAGUACAAAUGCUAGUCCACAGCACUCCAGGCCCACCUCAAGAGCUGGAUCACGCGCCAAUUCUCGGCCUACGUCGGUGUACAACUCGGAAGACGAUGAAGACACAGAGCACAACAACCAGAAAUCCGUCAGUUCUCUUAAAUCUUUUCUUGGGCUACCCAAGCUUUCCAUUCCCAAGCCGAAGCCACCGAAAAAGACCAAAAAGCAGACAGAAUACCACCAUCGCCACCUGCUCUUGACCUAUCUCGAGAGUUUGAGAGACCCCCUGAUGGAUUUGUCGCUAGAUUGCUCCAAUGCAUUGGAAUGUGUGUGCGACAGCAUUGCAAAUGAACUGGACAUGGACCAUGACGAUGACUCGAUCCGAAAGACAUGGAAAUCGUUUCUGAGACACACAUUGAAGAUUGGCAAAAAGGAAGUGGACGAAGAGAGCAACAAAAAGAGCUUGGAGAGACACAAGGGCAGCAUCAAAUGCAAUUGCUCUCAAAACAUCCGCUUGUCCAUUCUCCAGUUUGACAAGGCAGAGCGAGAACGCAUGCACGCACUGUAUGAAAUCAACAAGGCUCGUAUUGGCUGUCAGGCAUUGGAUCUCGGUAUGCGACAGGAGCUGUUUCUGGUCUUUUUCUUCAUCUUUACACUGCGGGAAGUAGCCAACGAGCUGCAAGAAAUGACAUUGCAUAUGGACGAAUUGAGAUUGCAUUCGAGAAAGGCAAGUUUCAACGGCAAAAAGAGGAAGCAUCUGUAUUUCCCGGGUUUGAAUCAAAAGAUGUGGAAUAAAUGGGCUCGAGGCAACAACCAUCAAAGCACGCGUGAUAAGGGCGGCUAUACGUUUGCCACAUUGACCGCAUCACUGCCUAAAGACGAACCGAAAAAGACGGAGGCAGAGGACGAGUACCAUCUCAGUAAGAUCCAGACCAACAACAGUCUAUCGCGAACAAAGAGUCGACGAGAGUCUGUAGCACUCAACAAGAUGGGAUCAAAGAACAGCGCCAAUAGCGACGACAUCAGCUCGCCUCUGAUGGUGCGACACCGCAACAAUGCCAACAAGCUACGACGAGAAUCGACAAAACCUACCGUCCAACAAACCACUCUGACAGACCGCGAAAAGGAGCAAGCUCUGAACGAUCGCGUCAAUGAUAUUCGCAUCAGUGUAGAUCAAAACUAUGUCGAGACAGACGAGAAUCCUGAGCUGACGGCUCAAGAAAAGAGAAAUGAAAAGGAGAAGGCACCCAUCAUGUUGAGGAUUCGGUAUGCUAUUUGGUUGCGUUUACAGUACAUGUGUCGUUACGAGUUCAAAUUUGCACUCAAGAUGGCUGUAGCUGUGCUCGUGAUGUGUAUACCUGCAUUUGUGCCUGCCUCGUCUGGCUGGUAUUGGAGCGCAAGAGGUCAAUGGGCUGCAAUGACGGUGAUUGCCAUUAUGAACCCUACGAGUGGUGGUACAGUGCAAGCUAGUUUUUGGCGUAUUGUUGGAACACUUGUAGGAGCAUUUGUUGGCUGGGCAGCAUUAGCAGCUGGAGAUGGUAGUCCUUAUCUCUUGGCUGUAUUUGCCGUGAUAUUGGCGCUGGUCUUUUUUUACAUCCAUCUAGGCAGCAUAUACAACAAAGUCGGCAUUGUGUGUUUGACAACCUACAUGGUCGUGGCACUCAGUCGAUACGCUUACCCGCCUGAAGGUGAGACCAUUGCAGAUACAGUAUGGAAGCGUACCAUUACAAUGAUUGUGGGAAUAUGUGUGGCACUUCUCCUAAACUCCUUGGUGUGGCCGUUUGUCGCACGACACAUGGUACGAAAAUCAAUUGCAGGCUGCAUGGAUCAAUUAGAAGAUUACUAUACAUUCGUCAUGGGCUCUUAUCUAUACCACGACCCUACGUCAAUACCCAGCGAGACUGAUAUCACUAAAGGAGAGAAGAUUGAGAGCAAGAUUCAAUCAGCCAUCGACGCAUGCUCCGUGCUACUCGAACUCACUGAUCAUGAACCACGUUUUCGUGGCCCCUUUCCAAAGUUGUUCUACAAGGAAAUGAUUGUUUCCAUGGGAAACAUUCUGGAUCGUUUGCUCAGCAUGCGAAUUGCCCUGUUGCAAAUGCCGUUGGUGGUGAAGCAUGACAUUUGCGCUAAAGAAUACCAUGUAGAGAGACGAGAGAUGAUUGCCUCCAUGUUGCUCAGCUUUCAUACGUUGGCUUCUUCAUUGAGAUCCAAAACGCCUCUACCUGUAUAUAUGCCAUCUGCACGUGCAGCACGUAAGAAACUCAUGGAGCAUCGUCGAGAAAACAAACAAAAGACAAAUUGGGUUAAAUUUCGAAAUCUGACUUGGUUUGCCAUGGCAUGUUCGAGCGAAGAAAUCAUAGAGGAACUGGAGUACCUAUGCCAUCUCAUUCGAUACAUUGUUGGUGAGAGUGCCUAUGCUGAUCUGGCCAAGAGAAUUGAUAACUUUACUGAGCAUGACAUUUGCACAUCCACCUUGUAA